GCAGGAAUAUAAUACAGAAUUAGUUGAUUUAACUAGUCUUUUUAAAAACAUAUGGAACAAUUAACCUCUUUAAUUAGUGCAUGUGAAUAUGAUAUGUCAUUUGUGUAUGCCUUUUGUGUGGUUAUAAGCUAUAAGCCUAUAACCAAACAUCUGUUUAAUUGCCCAAGAACUAGGUUGACAAACCAAACCUUUUUCUCUUCAUUAUGUCUGAAUCUCAAACUGCUGUGGAUCUUCCAAUUUUAGACAUUUCCCAGCCCUUGGACUCAUCAUCUCUGUCCUCCAUUUCUGAAGCCUGCAAAACAUGGGGUUUUUUCCUCAUCAGCAAUCAUGGAAUUUCCAAGGAUGUUUACACGAGACUUAGUAUGCUUUCAAAACAACUCUUCGGCCUCCCUUCUGAUACCAAGCUUGAACUUGGUCCUUUAUCUUCCACGAAAACUUAUACUCCUCAUUUCAUAGCUUCUCCUUUCUUCGAGAGUCUCCGAGUUGCUGGACCAAACUUCUUUGCAUCUGCUCAGAGUUCUGCAAAUAUACUCUUUGACAAACAGAGUCUUGAAUUUAGUGAGAUAUUGCAAGAAUAUGGCAGCAAGAUGGCAGAAUUAUCAAAGAAAAUUAUAGAGGUAUUGCUAAUGUGCUUGGGGGAUGGUUUCGAGAAGAAAUACUAUGAAUCAGAAUUCAAGAAUUGUCAUGGAUAUUUGAGGAUUAUUAACUACACUCCGCCACAAAGUUUGGAGAAUGAAGUAGAGGGGCUAGGAAUGCACACAGACAUGAGCUGUGUAACUAUCGUGUACCAAGAUGAAAUUGGUGGGCUUCAAGUGAGAUCAAAAGAGGGAAAGUGGAUGGACAUUAGCCCAUUUGAAGGAACCCUGGUGGUGAACAUUGGAGAUAUGUUGCAAGCUUGGAGCAACGAAAAAUUUAGAUCAUCAGAACAUCGAGUUAUUUUAAAGCGACCAGCUAACCGUUUAUCUCUAGCUUUCUUUUGGUGCUUUGAAGAUGAAAAGGUGAUUUUGGCACCAGAUGAAGUGGUAGGAGAAGGAAAUAUGAAACUUUACAAGCCAUUUGUGUGCUUGGAUUAUCUGAAAUUCCGAGAAAACAAUGUAAAAGGGAAAUUUGAAAAGGUCGGAUUCACAGUCAAGGACUUUGCUGGGAUCAGACUCCAAAUUUGAAGUGAAGAUCAUAUAUUUUCUUAACCUUCCAUUUGUUGUUUCAUGUUAGUGACUAAAAAUUGUUGUUCCAGUGUUGUUGAGCGUCAGAUGAGAGAAGGGAUUCCAUUGGGUUUGGGGAGCUCUGACCUGUUGGUAGUUAAUAGGGCAAAGGCUGGACGGUUGGGAGUUCAACUUCCAACUUCCAACUUAUGUAUUAUAAUUCUCCUAUUUAUCUACUUAUGAUUGUAUUGUCUGGAAAUAUAUAAUAAGACC